AUGGCGUCUGAAGAGGUCAGAAAACCUCCUUCAAUCCCUCCUUACCCUGAGAUGUUAAUCCCACUGUUGCAAAUUCCCCCCAAAAUUUCCCAAAAAAAAAACUUUCCUUCCUUCGAUCGAAACUCGGAGACUUGCAGAGUCGAGACGAGAUCGUUGCUGAAAGGAAUCGACGUGAAUCAAGUUCCUUCGACGAUCGAUUGCGAGGAAGAAGCUGGAGUUUCGUCUCCGAACAGCACGAUCUCGAGUAUCAGCGGGAAGAGAAGCGAGAGAGAGGAGCCCAACGGAGAGGAUCUCGAUCUCGAUCUCGAUCUUGAGAGAGCUUCAUCUCGAGGAAUCAGCGACGAAGAAGACGGUGAUACCUCUAGGAAGAAGCUUCGUCUCUCCAAAGACCAGUCGAUGAUUCUCGAAGAAUGCUUUAAAGUUCACAACACUCUCAAUCUGAAGCAAAAGCUGGCUUUGGCUAAACGGCUUGGGCUCAGACCUCGUCAGGUGGAGGUGUGGUUCCAGAACAGGAGGGCUAGGUUAGAACUUUGUUUAUUUUUUAAUGGUGUUUUCGGUAUUUUAAGUAGAGUGAAAGUCCAGGAACUCCAAUCAGGUGAGUGAUAUAUAUUUUCUAUCUUAUUUUUAUCAUUGUGAAACACUUAUAUGAUGACCUAUUAGCUAAGGGUUUUAAAUGCUGCAUGACACCUCGGAGAUUUUCUAUGUAGAAGUUAAUUUGAUUGGGCUGUUUUCCCUGAUGGGUA